AUGUCUCAGUACGUUGGCAAGACCAUUUCGCUAGUGUCCAAAAGCGACAUCCGCUAUGUGGGCACGUUGCAUGAGAUCAGCUCUGAAAAGUCCUCGGUUUCGCUGACCCAGGUGGUUAGCUAUGGAACCGAGGGCAGACUGCAAGGAAUGAACGAGAUUCCGCCGUCUGCACGCAUCUUUGAGUUUAUUGUUUUCAAGGGCGACGAUGUCAAGGAUCUGCAAGUCAUCGAGGCACCUCCUGCCCAAGUUCAAGCCCAGCAAAUCCAGGCACAGAUGCAGGCCGCCUACUACAUGAGCCAGCCGCCGGCCCAGGCUGCUCCAACAGAGCCGCGGGCACAGCCCAAGGAAGAGCCCCGAGCACCGGCCAAGGAAGAGCCCCGAGCACCUCCCAAGGAAGAAGAUCAGGCACCACCCAAGCAGAGCUCGCCGGCAAAGGAGCCACACCCCGAAAACUCUAAUAACGACGAAUUUGAUUUCGUCUCGAGUGGCCAAAAGUUCCAGGACGCUAUCAAGUCCGACCGCCCCGCUGCGGAGGGCGCCAAUGUGUACAAUAAAAAGUCUUCCUUUUUCGACAAUCUUACCGCUCCUGCCGACGAGGACCGCGAUUCCCGCCGCCAGAGAGAACGCGAGCUCAAUUCCGAAACGUUUGGUGAAUCGGCCGAGCACUACCGGUCAGAUUGGUCUCGCGGCAGAGGUCGCGGUCGCGGUCGCGGUCGCGGUCGUGGCUGGGGCCGUGGUAGAGGUAGCGGUCGCGGUCGCGGCCCCAAUGUCCCAGAUGAUGCUUAA